AUGGCCAUUCGUGAGGAUAUCGUGGCAUCUGCUGUUACAUUUCUUCAGGAUCCAAGUGUCUCUGCAUCACCUCUAGAGAAUCGAAUCUCUUUUUUACAGUCGAAACACCUUACACAGGAGGAAGUAGAUGCGGCAUUAGGGAGAGCCAGCGGCGAACAAUCGCCAACACCUCAAAACUAUUCGAAUUAUGCACCACAACAACAAGUUGCCAGACAACCUCAACCUGGGUAUGCAGGAUAUCAACAAUAUCCAUGGCAACAGCCUCCGCCGCCCGAAUUACCAAAGCGAGAUUGGAGAGACUGGUUUAUUAUGGCUACAGUGACUGGCGGCAUAGGAUACGGGGCAUAUUUCCUAGCUAAGCGUUAUAUCUAUCCAAUCAUUGCCCCUCCCACACCUCCGCAACUCGAGCAAGAUAAGAAGGAAAUUGACGAUUCUUUUGAAAAGGCAUUUUCUCUUCUCGAUCAAUUAGCCAAAGAUACCGAAACCCUCAAGACAUCCGAGCAACAACGAACAGAAAAAUUGGAUGUAGCCUUAACGGAAGUAGAAACUGUCAUUAACGAGCUGAAAUCUGCGAGUCGAAGAAGGGAUGAAGAGUCUCGACGCAUGGGCGACGAAGUUAGAGGCCUCAAGGAUUUAAUACCAAGAGCUAUGGAAGGGCAGAAAGAGGCAACAGACAAUAGAUUGAAGGAGUUGGCCGUUGAACUGAAGAGCUUGAAAACGUUAAUGGGUCAAAGAAUGAAUCCAUCUUCGACCAUGAACCCAUACAGCAGAGUUCAGAAUGCAACUUUACCCUCAAAUGCCACUCCCAUCAGCUCGAUUGCCACUCCCAUCAGCUCGAUUACCACUCCCAUCAGCUCAAUUACCACUCCCAUCAGCUCGAUUACCAAUCCCAGCAGCUCUACUCUCACUGGAGAAUCGCCCACCGAAAGCGUUACGCCUAGACCAGCAUCAGUCAGUACUAUCUCAGGUACCGAAGCCGUAGCGUCUCUUCAGGGACGAAGUGCCAGUCCCUUCAAUUCAGGGGCGACACCAGGAGGUGCAAAGAUUCCAGCUUGGCAAAUGGCAGCCGCCAAUAAGAGUACCAGCUCUAUCCCAGCCACCACCACUACAAACGCAUCACCGGAGACAAGCGGUUUGGAGUAG